UCAUUGACCUUUUUUAUUUUUUUCUUUGGUUUGAAAAUCCCAAAAUCAUCUCUCUCUCUCUCUCUCCAUUACCCGAAUCUCUCAUCUCUUUGGAUUCCCUCUUCCACUAAUCGUUGCCUGUUUAAUCGGAGCUUUUGAUAUCUCCGGAAGGAGUGGCUAAAGAAAGGGUUUUCUUCUUCUUCUUUUGGGUUUGGUUCAGUCUAUUCGAUCCAUUUUUUCCCCAAUCUUAGAAUCUCCGAUUCGACACAAGCUUCUUCGCCGUCACAUCGAUCGGAGAAACAUAUUCAUGUGCUUAUUUUAACGCAAAGAAAAAACCAAACAAAAUAACUUAUUAAAACUUAGAUAGACUAGGAGGACUACUGACAAGGACGGACUGUGUUGCUUUCGAUCGAACGAAGGAAGGAACGAACUCGGGAGGCUUUUUUCACAAAAGGGGAUAUGUUGGGGGCUGGUUUUCAGUUGACGCGAGGGCGACACGGCGACGAUCCUUUCUACUCUUCCGCAAAAGCUCGCAAAGCCAAUCAGCGCAUCGAUCAGCUCCGGAGAGCUCAGAGCGACGUCUCCAAUGGCCCCUCUCCGGAUUCCCACAACGAUCCUAAACAUUUACUCCUUCCUACCCUCGCCUCUGAGCCUUCCCCUUCCAGUAAUCUUCAACGGUUUUUAGACUCCGUCACACCAUCCGUCCCGGCCCAGUUUUUUUCUAAGACAUCGCUACGGGAAAGACGAGCCGAUGAUGAUUAUAAACCUGUGCCUUACUUUGUGCUUGGAGAUAUUUGGGAGUCAUUUGCAGAGUGGAGUGCUUACGGCACCGGAGUUCCUCUUGUUUUGAAUAACAAGGAUCGUGUUAUCCAAUACUAUGUCCCCUCUUUGUCAGCCAUUCAAAUCUAUGCUCAUUCUCAUGCCUUUCAUUCAUCUCUUCAACCAAGGCGUCCAGGUGAUAGUAGCGACAGCGAUUUCCGGGAUUCUAGUAGCGAUGUCAGCAGCGAUAGUGAUUCUGAGCGGGUUUCUGCUAGACUCAACCAUAUCUCAUUGAGAGAUCAACAUCAGGAAGAUUCAUCCAGUGACGACGGCGAACCUUUAAGCUCUCAGGGUCGUUUGAUAUUUGAGUAUCUUGAAAGAGACCUUCCUUACAUCCGCGAACCUUUGGCUGAUAAGGUUUUUGACCUCGCAGCUCAGUUUCCUGAGCUGAAAACGUUGAAAAGCUGUGACUUGCUUCCGUCAAGCUGGUUUUCUGUGGCAUGGUACCCAAUUUACAGAAUACCCACAGGACCGACACUCAAGGACCUGGAUGCUUGUUUCUUGACGUAUCAUUCCCUGCACACACCGUCUGGAGGUGAAGAUAGUGCACAACCAAGGGAGAGUGAGAAGAUGCCGUUGCCUGUAUUUGGGCUCGCUUCAUACAAGUUUAGAGGUUCUUUAUGGACACCAGAUGGGGGUUCUGAGCACCAGCUGGUGAACUCUCUGUUCCAAGCAGCUGACAAGUGGCUGCGUUCUUAUCAUGUCAGCCACCCUGACUUCCUCUUCUUUUGCCGCCGUUGAGUAGGAUUUUAAAAGGAAGUAUUGAUAAGGAAAAGUGCGAAAAGAUAUGAACUUGCGAAGCACUUUGAGCGAGUUUAAUCAAUAAACUCAAAACUGUUGAUAUGGGUUGUUGUCAGAUUCAGGUUUUAAAAGGAGUUGCUUCUUUCUUUCUUUUUAAAUCUGUAAGUUAUAGAUAAAACGAAUUUUGUUUGGUCAGAUGAUGUAUGAGGAACCCUGGGCUAACCACCGUCUUGUUGUAUACAAAUACCAUGCUGUCUGCAAUAGAAACUAUUGGAGCAAAUGUGAA